AUGGAAACAGAUUUAGCAAGAAUGAAAAAUGAACCUGUUUAUCGUGCAAUGUUAACUUCAAUCAAUUCAUCAAAUUCUUUGAUAUUCAAAGAUUCAAAAUUAAAUAGUAAAGUACAAGAAAAAUUAGAAGAUUUGAUAAGUCGACAUGAAAAAUUAUCAAAAGAAUAUGAAAUCCUGACAAAUAAUAAUCAAAAUUCUGAAAAUAUUAUUCCUAUCUCCAAAGAAUUAUCAGAAUUAGCAGAUAUCAUUAAUCCAUAUAAAGAAUUUAAAAAAACUCGAGGUGAGCUUUUGGAAAUUAACAAUUUGCUUAAUGACAAUUCUGCUGAUAGCGAAUUAAAAAAGCUAGCAAAAGAAGAAUAUGAAAGUACGAUCAAACAAAUUAAACAUCUAGAAAGGUUUGUUGUGUCUGCUUUGAUUCCAAAAGAUUUAGCAGAUGAGGGAAACGCAGUGCUAGAAGUUAGAGCAGGAACUGGUGGCGAUGAAGCUGAAUUGUUUGCAGGUGAAAUUUUUAAAAUGUAUGAAAAAUUUUCAUUGUUGAAACAUUGGAAAUUCGAAAAAUUGUCCGUAUCAGAAAGUGAUAUUGGUGCAACUGCUUCAAUAUUAGGCGUUGGAGUUUAUGGUGAUUUAAAAUAUGAAUCAGGAGUACAUAGAGUUCAACGUGUCCCUAUUACUGAAAAAGCAGGUCGUAUACAUACAAGCACUGUCACCGUUGCUAUACUACCCGAAUCAACAAAAGUUGAUGCAAAAUUAAAAGAAUCAGAUCUUAUCAUCCAACGUUAUCGAUCUAGUGGUAAAGGCGGUCAACAUGUGAAUACAACAUCUAGUGCUGUUAGAAUUAAACAUAUUCCAACUGGAAUAGUUGUGGCUAUUCAAGAUGAACCAUUGAGAAUUUUGGGGGCAAAAGUUUAUGAUAUGGAACGUGUGAAAUUACAACAAGAAAGAAGUGAAACUAGAAAAUCACAAGUCGGAAGUGGAGAGAGAUCAGAGAAAAUAAGGACUUACAAUUUUUCUCAGAAUAGGAUUACCGAUCAUCGUAUCAAUUUAACGAUUUAUGAUUUAGAAAGUUUAUUAGAUAGUGGUGAAAUAUUACAAAAUAUUAUUGAUAAUUUAAAAAAAAUUCAAAUUUAUACUUAA